AUGAGUAGCCGGAGUAGCUUACAAAAUGACGGAAGUAAUGUUGAUGAUGAUAACACCAUAAAGGUAUGGGAGAACGCAGAGGCCCCUACUUCAUCAAUGCCGAAUGUGGAGCUGGUGGAUAAUCCUCCUGUAUUCUCUCUCCCAACUGACACCUAUCUCAAUUCACCUUUGGAGGAAGAUGGGGAUGAGGGUGUGCAAAUAAGCAAAGGUAAUUUAACUGCUGAACGUGUUGAGGAAAAAGGUCUUUUCUAUAAGGAGGAGGAUGAUGUGGAAAUCCAAAUGGAAAUGCCAGAGACACUUGACAACGUAGGCCACGAAGUGCGUCAAUAUAGGCAUGAUGAACCUCCACACCCUUUAUCGAGUCAUUAUGUUGCCUUGGAGGAUGCUUCAACCGCAUUUCCACGAAAUGAUGCAUCCGAUGUUAUGGAGUCUUCUGAGCAUGUCUCUAACAAUGCAGGAACCUUAACCUUCAGAUUACAGAACCCUUCCCAAGGAGUGCAAGCUGAGAAUGUUUCUCCACCAGAAGCAGAGAGUCUAGAAGAUAAUAGAAUAAUUGAACAAGAAAAUAUGAGCGCAAGUAUCCCGUCAAAUUUUAAAAAUCUGACCAUGCCUACAACACCGAAGAAUGAGGGGCUGUCAAUGCAUUCUCUGAGUCUUUUACGGUCUUUAUCAACGGACAUCGAGGUAUCUAACAAGGGCUUUGCUGAUAUCACACUCACAUUUUAUCCUAUGGGCUUCCAAACAAGAUUGACACAACCGGUUUAUAACACAAACGCCUUUUCCAAAGAAGGUAUUGCAAUAAUUUCAGAAUACAAUGGAUUUAGUGCUACAAGUACUGACAGGAAGGAAUGGAUUCUGAUCGCUAGGGACCUCUUUGAAGCUAUUGCACACCAUAUAUGUAUGCACCCACAGUCAUUUGUCGUCUACCAUCAAGACAAACGCAUUCAUUUUAAUUCACUGAUGUUUUUAGAAACAGAGCGCGGGCGAAGUGCUGGCCGAGAGGCUCAUGCGACUGGUCUAUCGGGUGGGAUCAAUGAUCCCGUUGCAGUGAUGCGAACAGAGCCACUCUGGCUUUCAAUAGCAUUCUCUGACCCAGCUCGUAUAAUGCCAACGGGUGUAAUAGAUUCGACGAUUUUUUCACUUUCCGACGAUCAGUUGGUUUUAGAAGGAGCAGCAGACUCAUACACCAAACAAUUUCAAGCAACACCUGUCCCUUCCACAGCAUUAUCACUGGCGAAUGUACCUCAGCAUUUGGCUGUAGUACAGAGGGAUGAGUAUCUCGCUAAAUGUAUAUUAGUUCGAAAGGAAAAAGUAAACAUCGAUCCUCAUGUUCUCGUUGAAGGCCGUCGACAGGGUUUCACAUUUGACGAAGUCAUUCAAAGUAUUAAUAAGCAUGAGCGUGGAGUAGCUGGGAAUGAGGCCGUCAUGACAGCUGUUUCUAUUGUCCAGGCUCCUACGCUUCUUCCUAAGGCUUUCCUUGGAGGGUAUCGCGUGAGGCAAGACCCUAAGCGCCUGCUUCUGCAUGCUAGCACGCAGAUUUUCAUGGCGGAUUUGGACUAUUCGCCUCAUAAUGGAAAGAAGCGCGCAGAGUUUAUUUCAAAUGAAUUGAGAUCUCGUCAGACACAAACAUACGGUAAGUCGAGGAGCACGCAGACACGCCGUGAAGGUUGCGCCCAGACCCCGCGACCAGAUUUGCUCUUAGAUAACACGCAUGACGUGCUAGUGGUGGCGCGCCCCUACUUUAGUGCUGAGGCCCUGCUAAAGCUACGUAUAGAAAAAAUUAUCAUACUACAAAAAAUGUACCGACAGUGGAAGGCCAGACAGAUUUGUCGUGAAUUGUAUGCGGCCGAAACGGAGCGACAGUUGCAGACUGCAGCUCGCCAGCGCAUAGAGGAAGCUGCAGUGCGUGCCCGAGCCAAUCUCGAGAAGCUUCGUCGCAUGAACCCGCACCGCGCGAACGAUUUCGGUGUGCUAAAAGAGGAGCUACUGCUUUGGCGAUCCAACAAAGCGAAAAGUAUUAACCAAGACGAAUCACUUUCUGCUGAGCAAAAACGUGAAGCUUUACUCUCUCUUACAAAAGAAGAAGUAAAGUUACUGCAAGACCUUGAACAGCACCGACAGGUUGUGCAGCAGAAUAAACAAGGGCAACGACUGGUUCGUGUUCUAGAGAAAGCGGCUGCCGCAAAGAUUUGGGGAGGAAUUCCUGUUACGACUCCUGGAACUCUCCGUGCCGCUGAACUGAGGAAUCUUUUCUAUAACCUAACAAACAAUGAUUUUGACGCGUCUUCGCGAAUGGAUGUGUUGUUGCACAUCAAAUGGACUGUUAAAGAGUUUCCUGAUAGUAAUGAAGCAAAAGAACUUUGCCAGCUCAUUGAUCGCGAGGCUGACUUGAUAAAUCGUGGAUGGAAGUCUGCAUCCUUGACUGAGCUUCGAAAACGAAUAACCAAUAUAUUUAGGCGCUUUAUUCUAGACCCAGAAUAUAACCCCGAAAUGGUUCGGUACAACGAUUCCAGUGUGGCCCGUCGGAAGGCUGAAACACUUGGUCUGGACAAGAUCACCUCGAGCCACUGA